CUCACGAGAUUGAUAAACCCAAAACCACCAAAUUCUGAACUCACCACACAAUAGAGAAUCUGAAUCAAUCGCGAUCACAGAGCGUAUAAGCAGUAACAAACAAUGCACAAUGCUUAACAUUGUGAUGUUAGUAACUUAACCACAGUUCUGGAACAUUCAAUUAUUCUGAUACAGCACCUCUACCGUUACUACCAUGGGCCGUCACUCCAGUAACCAUUCUCCCUCCUCACGCCGCCACCGCAGUAGUAUCUCUCCGCCGCCGCGAGACAAGCACGAGUAUUCCGGCCGCAGUACAGCCAAACCGGUUCGGCCCGGUUCGCCGGAUUCUCCCCCUUGUUCGCGCUCUCCGUCUCCGCGAACCAAGCGGUUGAAGAAAGCUCAAUCCGAACGCGAGCGUGAGCCUCGCGAGAGCGAGAGGAACCAUGGCGGUAGCAGAGGGAGAGGUUCGGAGAGGGGCGCCGGUGAGCGGAGGGAGAAGAAGAGAACGGAGAAUGAUGAGGGUAACGGAAGGAGUAACAAAUCGGGGAAGAGAAUGGAGUACGAAGACAGUGGCGGAAGGAGUAGCAAAUCGGAGAAGGGAACAGAGAACGAAGACGGUGGCGGAAGGAGUAACAAGUCGUCGCGGUCGAGGCAAGAGAGGUCGCCGGAGCGUGACCGCAAUGGGAGGAGCCGGCAUAGGUCAGAGUCUCCGCCACGUCACCACGCUUCCGCCGCGGAUGCAAAACCUCGUGAUGAGGUGUCCGAUGAUAAACUCAAGAGGAGCUGAACAAAUGGAUGAUGAGGAUGAGUCUAUUAGGAAGAUGAAGGCUGCUGAGGAGGCUUUGGAAGAAAAACAGAAGCAAAAACCUUCAUUUGAGCUAUCUGGAAAGCUUGCAUCUGAAACAAAUCGAGUUAGAGGUGUUACUUUGUUAUUCAAUGAACCCGCAGAGGCUCGCAAACCAGAUAUUAAAUGGAGACUUUAUGUUUUCAAGGCUGGUGAAGUGCUAAACGAGCCCCUUUAUAUACAUCGCCAAAGUUGUUAUCUUUUUGGAAGGGAAAGAAGGGUUGCUGAUAUCCCUACAGAUCAUCCAUCUUGCAGCAAGCAACAUGCUGUUAUUCAAUUCCGGCAAGUCGAAAAGGAGCAACCUGAUGGUACCUUAUUAAAGCAAGUAAGGCCAUACAUUAUGGACCUUGGAAGCACAAACAAAACUUUCAUAAAUGAUGGUCCCAUUGAACCUCAACGAUAUUACGAACUUAGGGAAAAGGACACCAUUAAAUUUGGUAACAGUAGUCGAGAAUAUGUAUUACUACAUGAGAAUUCUAUUGGGCAAUAGACAUUAGUCUCCAAUUUCGCUCUAUCUACUCAUCAAUACUGAUUAAAGCAGCAUUUGACCUGCAGUUUUUUGUAAUUCAUGUCCAACUUAUGUGUAUUCCCUCCUUUCAGAAGUUUCUUGAUCAGUUUGUCAGCAAGUUUCUUGUUAUUAUUAUAUAUACAAGACACGUUGGAUAAUUUAUCUUUAAGUUGUAUAAUUCAAACUUGAGCCCUCAACUUAAGCAAAGUUCGCUGUUGUAAACUGAUAAAUUUGUCUUAAGAAUUUAACUGCUUGGUUGGAACAUUUGCUUGUUAGUUUCCGACAGGUUCAACAUUUUCAUA